UGGAUAGCUUCUAUUCUCUGAUCCAGACUCCGAAGCAGAAGAUGGCGGUAAUGCACCUACUACGCUGGCUGCUGCUAACCGCCAUUAAACCCCACAAAGAAUAAGAAGGAGCAGGAGGGCGUUCCGCUGGAGAGCAUACAAAUACAGUAUGGUGAAUUAUGCAGGUGUACGUGCUUCACAUUUAGAUGCUGUCAAAGCCUAGGUUUUUGUCUAAAGAGUUUGUUUACAUCCCGGAGCCGCGGCCUUCCUUGAUGUUAGCCUUCCUGGUGUCACCACUGCCGGGGGAAAGGCGACCGAGGAGGCCAGGCUCGCAGACAUGGAGGCUAGCCGUCUUCGCAGAGGGAGCGAGCUGUAGGACGUGGUGAUUUCUACGGGGGUGUUGGCACUCCUAGAAUGGACCCUGCUAACACUGGGGGGGAUAUGUCACCUUUGUACGUGCCAAGAAAGAGAAAAUCCAUCCAGUCACAACCUAAAGGUGGAGUGCCAUGUCCAGUUGUUCAGCGACUACCAGAAAGAACGUGCGACUUAAACUCAGCUGGAUAUCCCAAGAAUGACGAGUCUGAAGCCCAACAUGGUCUGAAGAUGAAGAGAACUUAUGGCAGAAAAAGGUACGUGGACCUCCAGAGUGUUUCCAUAGGAGCAGUGGAUUACCCAACCACCAGCUGUUCAGUGAUGUCAUCAGGUGGCCUGGCCAAUGGGGCGGACCCAGGGUCCAUGGCCCCGCCCACUGCAAGGCUGCCUCCAAGACUGGGGGCGAAGGAUGUGUGGCCUCAAGGCCCCGAGACGGGCAGGGAGCAGCCCCAGCCUCAGGACCACAGCUGGAACUCCAGCAGGGACAGAGGCCCCGACGCCUGGGCCCCCGGUAGAGACCGCCCGCAGGAGCAGGUCUGGAACUCUGGCAGAGACCGAGCGGGACACUCCAGUCAAGACCAGACAUGGAUUCCAGGCAGGGAUAGGGCCCAUGCCGGACCGGACCAGGCCUGGAUGACGGGCCGGGACCGAGGUCCAGAGCAGGGCUGGGCGGCCGACAGAGACCGAGGACAGGAUCAGGCCUGGAACGCAGGCAGGGAUCCGGGAAGAGACCGGGCCUCCUCAGGGCCGGAGCAGGCGUGGGGAACUGGCCGAGGCCAAGACCAAGGCUGGAGCAACACCAGCAGAGACAGAGAACAUGUCUGGAGACCUGACUUGAACAUGAAGAAAGUCCAGAGAGUGGAGAUGGAGCGAAGCUCACCUGUUAAUAACUUCACACAGCCACCAGAGGGCAGAGACUCUUGUUCAGAUGCAGCCGGUGUUGGGGAGGCUUCGACGGCCCCACCCAGCGAGGAGCAGAAACCCCUCGUCCCCUCCACCAAGAAGGAGCCUCCUACCUACCCUCCGGGAAGUCAAGAGGAGCGCUGGCAGCUCCAGAUUGUGGCCAAAGGCCGAGUCACCUGUCCAAAAUGUAAAAGUGUGAGCAGGAAGACUGUGGAGGGGCUGAAGAAGCACAUGGAGAACUGCAGACUGCAACCGUUCACCUGUCAGCACUGUGGGAAACAGCUAAAGUCUUCAACAGGGAUGAAGUACCACAUCAUGGCUGACCACAGCCAUCUGCCCUCAGCAGACGAUGCCAAGGACCUGGAUGACCGUGCCAUCAAAGACAAACUGCGCAAAAUCCUGAAGAGACUGGGCAAAUUAAAAUGCUCUAAAGAGGGCUGUAAUGCUGCCUUCACCAGCAUCAUGGGCUACGUGUACCACAUGAAGAAGUGUGGAAAAGAGGAGUCUGAGCUGGAGAAGAUGCUGCUCAAUUGCUCUCACUGCGGGAAGACUUACAAGUCCAAGGCCGGUCUGGAGUACCACCUGAAAUCCGAGCAUGCUCCUACGCCUCAGAAGAGUGAGGAAGACGAGGCACUGAAGGCCCACAGGGAGGCCAACCCGGAGAGGACGGCCAGCGGCAGGGUGCAGCGAGCAUCGGCCCAGGUGGCAAACUUCCACUUGGCUGAGAUCGCCAACAACGAGCUGCCCAAAGACUGGCCCAAGAGGAAGUUUCAGUCGGACCUGGUGCCAGAUGACAAAAAGUUGAAAUACGCCCGGCCAGGCCUGCCUGCCUUCAGCCAAGAGGUUCUGCGGAAGUGGAAGAAUGAGGUGAAGCUGCAGAGGAAAGUCCAUUGUCCCAACCAGGGUUGUGGCUCCACCUACACCAGUGUGUCCGGACUGAAAGCCCAUCUAGGACUCUGCACAAGGGGCGACUUUGAGGCUGGUAAAUACCGAUGUCUGAUCUGCAACAAAGAGUUCAACUCUGAAAGUGGAGUGAAAUACCACAUCAACUCUGUCCAUUCACAGGACUGGUUUGUGACCAACAAAAAGGCCUCCAAGAAAUUUGAGAAGUUCCUCAAAAGCCAGCCCAAAGAGUUUGUCCAUGAUGUGGACAAGCAGCUUGUCGAUCACUACCAGCAUCACCAUCAUCAUCAUCAUCUCCAUCACCUCCAGCAUCCUCAUCAUCAUCAGCAGCAGCAGCAUCACCAGGCUCAGCUCCUCCACCCAGAGCACCAGAACCUCCAUCCGCCGGUGGACACCCAGCUCCAGCAGCCCAUGCUGCACUACACCCCUUUGGAGCCUGCACCCGGACCCAUGUGGGUGGACAUGGACCGGGGGGGUGGAGCCGUGCCGGACCCAGAGCAGGCCCCGGUGGAGAUGGACAAACCCGGCGAGGACAGCGGCAAGAUGGUGGAGGGGAAAAGGAGAGAGAAGGGGGAGAGGGGGAAGGCUGACGGGAAGCGGAAGGAUUGCUUUGCUUUCGGCGGUGGCGGUGGCGGUGGCGUUGGCGGCGGCGUUGGCGUUGGCGGCAGCAGCAAUACGGGCAGCUCAUCCAGCGAAUCGGAGGUGGAGCAGCAGGACAGGCAGAGACAGAUCGACCAGUGGAAUCUGAAACGGCCGGACAUCAUGGAGCCCCACCCUGAGGCCGGAGAGGAACAAAGGAACGCUUGA